CCUGAAAUAAGCAAUAUCAGCUCAGCCUGCCAUCUGACCUAGUAUUAUAAGAGUACCUCGGAAUUUGGGAAUCAGCGACCGCAUGUAUAUAACCUCUUCCAGUAUCCAUCCAGCACUCUCAUCCUCUUCCACAUCAACUCAAUCCCUUUCAUUCAGUUGAACCCAUCGCAACCAUGAAAUCCAUCCUCCCCCUAACCCUCUACGCCACCACGGCCCUCGCCCAAGGCAUCUACAUCAAUUCCCCCGCCGCCGGAUCCCAACUCCAAGCUGGCUCGUCCGUAACCGUCCAAGUAGCUCGCUACGACUUCAUCCAAUCCGUCGCCGAAAUCGGCCUCGGCAUCGGGAUCGAAUCCUGCACAAACGGAUGUCCCGAUCCCACCGGUUCCCUGGGAACGCUGGUCUACAACGGCGGAUAUGAUCCCCAGCUGGGGCCGGGGAUUCAUGAUGAGUAUCAGAAUUUUACCAUCACGGUGCCGGAUACGACGGGCAAUGUGCAAAUUGGGAUUGUGAGGGCGUUUUUGGUGGGGCUUGGGUAUACGGUUACGAUUGGGAGUGCGGUUACGAAUGUUACGAUUGUUUAGGGAUGGUUUUGUGUUGGUGGGGGGAAUGGGUUGGGAAGAUAGAGUGCAGAAGCAUCUUGGGGGGUGGAAUGUAUGGAGUAAAGAGGACAGGGGACACUUAUAUGAAGCAAUCAUAAUCGCAAAACUAUAAUCAGUCUUUUUCGAUCUUAGUUAUCAAGCUAC